AUGGAAAGAGGGAUAUCUUUAGAACGAGAUUAUCCCCAAUCCCAUUGUGGGAAGAUUUUUAUUGCUGGAUUUGAGAGUCUCCCACAUGUUGAUGCAACGGUCGUCGGUGAAGCAGAAAGUGAUUUGCACGCAGUUUUAGUAAUAGGCUUUGGGGAACUUAAUGAGGAAAAGUUUUGGAUUAUAAGGAAUUCAUAUGGGACCAAUUGGGGGUAUGGCGGUUACGGCCUAAUCCGGAGUGAUAAUGGAUUUUGCUAUGGGGCUUGUGAAAUUGCCCAAGACAGUUUUUAUCCUUUAUGGGAGGUUGGGAAGGCUAAUGAUGGACUCACCUCAGUUGACUCCGGUAGUGAAGCUGCAGCUGUACCUGGGACAGUUUUCUCCCCGUCUGUUGUGGUUCCCGGUUUUUCUAAAGAUGCAGAUAAAAUUGGAGAACAACAGCAACAUCAGAAUUUUCCUGAUGAGUCAACAUCUGAAUCAACUUCUAGCACAUGGAUUGGCAAGAAUCUCAUAGUUGAAGAUGAUAUCAAAUCGCCACAUGUUGUAGAUUCGCCUCACUCACGACUCAUUGAAAGGCCUCCUGAACUGAUUUUCAGACGCGGUGCUAUAUUUCCAAGAGAGCCUUCUGCAAGUGGCUUGACCAUCAUAUCUGAUUCGGUGAAUGCUAUAGCUGGAUCUUGUGAAGAGAAGGCGAUAUCUGAGGACCAGUUGGCCAAUUGGGAUAAGGUGAAUAAUGAAAGUGGGAAUGGUCAAGUUUUAAUCAAGAUUUGUCCUGAGGCAGGUGUAUCUGCCGCUCUUCCAGAAGCUGCUUAUGGGUGUUUAUCUGCCUCUGCUUUGUCGAAACCUUGAAGAUGGUAUUCUUGUAUAGAAGACGCAAACUGGUAACAAUGUGUCGGGAUUUUGUUGGGAGCAGCACUAAUUGUCCUAGGUUGGUUUAAUAGGAUUUAUAUUGGUUUGAUUCAACGGUUAAUUGAAUGAAAUGUAUGGAUUAGUUUAAGCUGAAAGAUAAUUUGGUGUAUGUCGUUAGAGAAAUGCUGGUUUCACGACAAAUUCACCUCGUUUUUUUUACUGAGCAUUGCGAUUAGGCAGCAGACACUAGGCAACACAUAUGGCAUCUAUCACAUUAUAUCAGACAAGCAAUUAAUUACACGUUAUCCUUUUCCUUUUCA